AAUUUCCUACACUCAUUUCGUCCCCCCCUCUAUCUCCAAACAAAACAAAUUUUGGAAGAGAAUCAAAUAUCAAUCACCACCACCAUGGCUGAAUCUCCUCCUCCUCCUCCUCCAUCCCUUCCACCAAAUCCUAACCACAUGGUCCCACCAAUCCCACAUACAGAUGCACCACAAUCACCAGCAUCUCCAAUUUCCCUACUUUCAAAAAGACCAAAACUUAGAGUGACCUCUGAGUUUGACAGUGACACUUCUUUGUUCUUCCACAAAGUUUCCUGUAAGCUCCUUGAUAGCUUUGCCAAGCUCAAACUUUCUUUUCAAAACAACAACAAGGGUGAACCCUCUCAACCCCAGUUUGCUCUCACUUCCAAAUUACUCUCCAUUCAUUAUGACCUUGAAGAACAGAAUGCCCUUGUCAAGACUUCUUUUGAUCUUGGUCCUAAGUUCCAUUUUAAGGCUGCCCAUGAUGUCAAGGCAAAACAAGGAGAGGUGGCAAUGGUUGCUGACUUGGGCGAUCCUGGUUAUGCACUUGAAAUCUCAUCUCCUGUUCCAACUGUUGGUGCGCCGAGGGCGACAUUGAAAUUCCCUCAUGGUGAAGUUUCAUUGGGGGAGAAAGAGGAGGAGGAAGCGAGGAGAACAGUGUCUGUUAGUGGAAUUGUCAAAAGUCAGUUAACGAAUGGAAUCUUCACUGCUCAAUUUAACGAUGAAGAUUUGAAACUAAGAUAUUGCUACAAGGAUGAGACAGUUUCCUUUAUCCCAAGCAUUUCACUGCCUUCAAGUGCUUUAUCGUUUGCAUUCAAACGUCGGUUCACUCCUUCCAAUAAGUUGAGCUACUGGUACAAUUUUGAUUCUAACAACUGGAGUACUGUGUACAAGCACACCUAUGGGAAAGAUUUCAAAUUUAAAGCUGGUUAUGAUUCAGAUGCUAGUCUUGGCUGGGCAUCACUUUGGGUUGGAGAUGAAGCUAGCACCGCAAAGACCACCCCGAUGAAGAUGAAAAUCCAGUUUAUGCUGCAAGUGCCACGAGAUGACAUCAGAAAUUCUGCACUAAUGUUCCGUGUUAAAAAGAGAUGGGACAUAUAGUAGGAUUACCUGAUGACGGAACUCCGUGUUUCUGUUAAAUGUGGGUUCCACUCGAGUAGUUUUGGGCCAUCCGUAUUUGUAAUAUUGCUACAUAAUAACGCCAGUACCAAAUCUCUUUGCAAAAAAAUCUGUCUGUGUGAAAGCUAAGAGUGGCUCUCAAGUGAAAGGAAGCUCCUGCUGAGUUCCCCAAAGGCAAGUUGUUGAAGGUUAUCCUUUGCUUAUUGGCAUUAACAUUAUGCAGGAAAGUCUGCUAUUCAAUCA